GUAGAAAACGUGAAAUUACUGGGUCGUUAUAGAGGUAAGAAACCAGCUAAUGGAAGUCUGUAUCUUACUGCAACCCACCUGAUCUAUGUGGAAGCUUCUGGUGCAGCCCGAAAAGAGACAUGGAUUGCACUGCAUCAUAUUGCCACUGUGGAGAAAUUGCCUGUCACUAGCCUGGGUUGUCCCCUGAUCCUCCGCUGCAAGAAUUUUCGGGUGGCCCACUUUGUUUUAGAAUCUGAUGUUGUGUGCCAUGAGGUUUAUAUUUCACUGCUAAAGCUUUCUCAACCAGAAUUACCUGAAGAUCUGUAUGCUUUUUCAUAUAAUCCCAAGUUCUCAAAAGACAUGAGGGAAAAUGGAUGGAAGCUGAUUGACCAAACAUCAGACUUUGGACGUAUGGGAAUUCCUAACAGGUACUGGACCAUAACAGAUGCCAACAGAAACUAUGAGAUAUGCAAUACCUACCCUCCUGAAAUAGUGGUUCCUAAAUCUGUUACACUGGGAACGGUGGUUGGAAGUUCAAAGUUCAGAAGUAAAGAACGUGUGCCUGUGCUCUCCUACCUCUACAAAGAGAACAAUGCUGCCAUUUGCCGCUGUAGCCAGCCUCUGUCUGGAUUUUAUACUCGUUGCAUAGAUGACGAGCUCCUGCUAGAGGCUAUUCGCCAGACAAAUCCAGGGAGCCAGUUCUUGUAUGUUGUAGACACAAGACCAAAGUUAAAUGCCUUGGCUAACCGAGCAGCUGGGAAGGGGUAUGAAAAUGAAGACAACUAUGCCAAUAUUCGCUUCAGGUUCAUGAGCAUUGAGAACAUCCAUGUCAUGCGGAACAGCCUGCAGAAACUCUUGGAAGUUUGUGAAUUGAAAACUCCAACAAUGAGUGAAUUUCUUAGCGGCCUGGAGAGCUCAGGGUGGUUGAGACACAUUAAAGCUAUUAUGGAUGCUGGAAUUUUCAUUGCAAAGGCAGUGAAGGUAGAAAAGACCAAUGUCUUAGUCCAUUGUUCUGAUGGGUGGGACCGUACAGCACAAGUCUGCUCUGUGGCCAGCAUCCUCCUAGAUCCAUUUUACAGGACAUUCAAAGGACUCAUGUUCCUGAUAGAGAAGGAAUGGAUAUGCAUGGGCCACAAGUUCUCCCAAAGGUGUGGCCACCUGGAUGGGGACUCUAAAGAAGUAUCCCCUAUUUUCACACAGUUCCUAGACUGUAUCUGGCAAUUAAUGGAACAAUUUCCAUGUGCCUUUGAGUUUAAUGAAAAGUUCCUGCUGGAAAUUCAUGACCAUGUUUUCUCCUGCCAGUUCGGGAACUUCCUUGGAAACUGCCAGAAGGAUCGAGAUGAUCUGAGAAUAUAUGAGAAAACCCAUUCAGUGUGGCCUUUCUUGGUUCAGAGGAAACCAGACUUCAGGAACCCUCUUUAUAAAGGCUUCACUGUGUAUGGGGUACUCAAUCCUAGUACUGUGCCGUACAACAUUCAGUUCUGGUGUGGGAUGUAUAACCGCUUUGACAAAGGGUUGCAGCCCAAGCAGAGUAUGCUAGAGAGCCUCCUGGAAAUUAAGAAGCAGAGAUCAAUGCUGGAGGCAGAUGUGCACAAACUAGAAAAGGUGAAAAAACUGAAAGCCCAUGAUGAGCCACCAGAAGAUGUCUGUACAUGUUCUCAAUUAGGGCAUUUAUUAUCUCAGCUAGGAACUCCUUUGACAAAUUAUGUCUGCUUUAUGGGUAUCGAUGGAGACCUGAAUACCUUGAUGGAGAAUGGCACUCUUUCUAGAGAAGGAGGCCCUCUAGUUCAGAUGGGUCAAGUAAAAAGUCAGUGUGCAGACCUCCACCAUGACUAUUAUGGGAUCAUGGGCAACCUUAGGGCCAUAAACAUUUCUAGGGAUGUGGGCUUCUCUGGAGACACAGGCAUCUCUGGGGUCUUGGGCAUCUCUGACAACAUGGUCACCACUGAGGCUAUGGGCUUCUAUGAAGACACCAGCAUCUCUGAGACCAUGAGCUUCUCUGGGAACAUGGGCAUCUCUGAAGACAUAGGGCUCUCUAAGGCCAGCAACAAGACAGGCUUCUCUAAGCAACAGUGAGCUAUUCAUCUGUUUCCAUGUUAGUUACA